ACGACGACGACGACGACGACGAAGACGACGACGACAACGACAACGACGACGACGACGACGACAACGAAAUAGAACAAACAGCGAGCGACCGAGCGAGCAACACAGCAGAAAAACGAGAGAAUACCAAUCAGCGACUGUAAACGGAAAACCCAAACCAAUUAGCAAGCAAGCUUGUGUUUAUGUGUUUGUUUGUGUGUGUGUGCGUGUUCGUGCACGCGGGUGUCAAACAAGCAACCAGUGAUCAGCGGAAGCGGCAGCCUUGCUUGUUGUUUGCUGUUACUGCAGCAAUUGUUGUUGUUGUUGCUGUUAUUGUUGUUGUUGUUGUUGUUGCCGUUCAGAUUUUCUUCGUUCCGUUCGAAACUAAGUUGACCUGCCGAACAACCAAAAAGGACCAUCCUGCAUUAACUAUCUUAGACCUGACCAGAAAGUAUCGUAAGUCGCACCAUCAGGCGAGGACGAUUACCCUCCGUACCGUAGUGCGUGAUCGGUGGUACAGUGACAGGGAAUACAACACAGAGCAUCAUUAUUUGCGAAAAGAAAAAAUGUAUUUUGCUUCCGAAAGGAUUUGUCGACAGACGCAGGGCACUAAUAAUACUAAUGACAGUUCUGCGUGAUUAUUAACAGUGCAGUAUCAUUAUCGUUUGUCUUUCCGUCGGUGCAGUUUGUCGAUUGUGAAUACAUUACUAUUACGGUCAACUGAUCAGCAGAUUGCCGUGUUCCCAUUUUCUCAUAAGGUUCAUUUCCAUCAAACGUCAUUUGUCCGACAGGUCCAAAGUAGUGUAGCAAAAUCUAGGACAAUAAUAAGGAAAAGAAAAAGAACAGCCGAGUGAGACGAAAAACGCGCAGAGGUGCACUCACUUACAUAUAUGUUCUCUUUGCUCGUACUCUGCGCUUGCCAGUGUACGUAAAUGGCUACAACCUGACUUUUUUAGCGUCCCAAUCAGUAAUGGAGUAAAAAAGGACGAACCAGCAAACGUAGCCAUCGAUCACUGUUACUGUUACCCCUUCUCGAACGACCGAGAUAUCGCCUUUAUAACAGCCUCUACCAUCAGGAUCAUUAUUGAAAGCAAAAACAGCAGCUGCAGUGCCUGCUAUGAUCAGAAUCGGAUAUUCGGAGUUCUGCAUAGUCAGUGGAAGAGAAAGGAAAACCGAAGGCUGUUGACGCCGAAAGAGGACCGGAAAGGGGAACAAGGACAACCUAAAUGCAGGAGCAGAGAGUUUGCCUUAAAAGAAAAAGAAUUUAGUUAGGCGAAUUACACUAACGAGAGAAGGAGAAUGGCAGAGAGAGAAACCGUGUGAGUCAGCUGGCCGUUUGUCACCAUCGACAUCGGUAGCGUGACGUCGCUCCCCUUCAAUACUGUAUUUUGCGCAAUCUCAACGUCAGUACAUAUGCAUCCGUCGUCUGCGGAACUGCAACCCUACCGUCGAUAAUUACGUUUCCAACAGUCAGAUAUUUAUCCACGUUAAAGAGAGCAUCUGUUACGCAACAAACAAUAAGGAUAUCAAACAGUACGCAAAACGCUUCGAAAGCAAAUGCGUUUACUACAAUGUCAAGGUUGUUAUUGUUGUUGCAGUUGCAGUACUGCUCUUACUUAGUGUCCCAAGCUCAUUGAGGCUUUUGUUACGUCACAGGAAGCUUCGCCAGGAAGAACGGCACCAUUUCUCAUAUCGACAUAGCUACGACAGCCACGUCAUCGUGGCUUGACUCUGUCGUUCGCUUCGACUAAUUUCAGUUUGUCGCCAACCGGCGUUCUGUCCCAUUUUGAAACGUAACGCCAUUUUUGUUCUUCUGCACCGCCAUCGUCAUCUAAGUUUCAUUGAGAUUUCACCGAUGUCGCAAUUACUAUGAAUCGUCUGAUAUUUGCGCGAAGACCUUCAAAGUUCAGUUUAUUAUCACUCUGUAACGAUACUUCUCAAUCUAUCUAAGUGAGGAGGUGAGUGUAUGUCUUACUGCUGGAUGUGUGAAGCGCGUUUUCGUUUUCUGAUACGGUAUUGUUGUGACCUGUCAGUGAAUCAGUGUCGACGCCAGGGCAACCCUUUAUCCUUCGAACUAACCUCUCGACACCGCCUUCCUACUCGUCAUUCUGUUUGUCGCCUAUUUCGGCUCGUUCGCCAAUAUCUUCACUGGUUCAAUGUGCAAUUGUAUUAUCAUUAGUACGAUUAUCGCUGUAUAGUCGUCGUCGUCGUCGUCGUUUCUCUCUCUGUCUAAUCUGUUGGUCUGCCUGCGCUGUCGUCCAGCACAACCGCUUCCAGACCUUCACCGCACCUUGUCGUCAUCAUGGCUAGCUUGCAAGUAGACCAGACCGAAAUAAAUAUAGGCCCACAGCCACUAGAGGAAUUUACGCAGUCUCUGUAGUCCGCAUAAGCAGUGAUAGUGUCUUACGCCUGUUUGCCCCACAACCGCUGAAACUGGAGGAACCUGUUUUCAUUGAGCGUCUAUCUUUUGAGCGCUAGGAGUUACUAACGGCCCUUCGACCUCCCACGACUGUCACGCCGACAUCGGUGCUAUGUUUAUGUAAUCUACGCCUCAGUCUGAUGUCUUUGUUCGCUAACUGUCAUCAAUUGCGUAAGCUCGUGAACGCGGUAAACUUUCUCUUUACUUCAAGCUAAACUGACGGUAACGACGUUUUAAACCGCAGCGAUCGCAGCGCGAGUGCACAGGAACAGUAUAAUCAGUGUGCGCCAACGGCAGCCCAAUAGUAUCGUUAUAGUACGACUAGUAUGAAACAAGUCUUAAGUAAGCUUGAAAGUCACUGAAUAUUGCGCCGAAUCAAAUCGAUUCGUUUCCUUUAUCGCCGCAUAGUCGCCCAUGUGUCUAACACCAAUUCCCAUGUCUCUCUUUUAUAGACAGUAUCGGUGAGUAAACGUUAAGGUGAAAAGAGUCAUCAGUGAAUGAAUCAUGAACCAAUGUUUGAUCCAUAGAAAUUAUGGUAGCAGUAUAAUAAUGGAGCCAAAUUAUAAUUAAAGGCCGUCAUUUUUGUCGAAAUUGAGUCAAUCCCUGGCUGACUCUUCAAAGCGGCGUCGCCAUACGAUUGAAUGGCGUAAUCCUUGGCCGAGGUUUACUAACCGAAGUUAUUGUUUGUACGAGAAGAAACAGAAGUUGCGGAUGCGAGCUGAUAUCGCCAGUACGUCGACCAGUCGAGUGAGUAACCAGGGGCAAUCACGACAACAAGGGCCUCGAGUGCAGCGGUAGCAUUGUUGUUAUGGCCAUCCAUAGUGCGUUGUGAGUUGUAAAGUAUGUGCUUGAAUUAUCUACUACUUCUUCAGUGUUUACUCGUGGAACUCGAAUAUCAUCAUUAUCUUCAUCAACACCACCAUCACCAUCACGGCUAGCGUGAAUCAAUCAAGUGAGGUCACGGUACUAGGAGGACCUCGUGCGGGAUGCGUUGACGACACGCAGUCGCAGGUACUCAACUUCUAUUCGACGUCGCACGCACAACAGCAACAGGUCUUGUUUGCCCUUCACAAUUGAACGACUGAUUCAAACCAGACUACGCCGCGUCACUACGUUUGGCCUGAAAACGGUGAGCAGAAGUAAAACAGAGCCAUAUGGUGAGCUGAAAGUGUUCUGACGUUUGCUGUAUAAAUGAUCGUGCUUCGCCCACUGUGACGACGAUGACCACCGCAAUCGUGCGUCACAUUUCUACCAGCAGCCCCAUGACGAUGGCCUCGGAGGUGGCACACAUACAGGCAAGCGCGAUGCACACUGGAAAUAGCGGUGGCGGCGGCGGAAGCGGUGGCGGUUCGAAGUGCGCCACCGGUGGAGGCGUAAGCGGCGGCCCUCCUUCAGUUAACGGAGGCGGCGGCAGCAGCGGAGCCGGGGGUGGUGGUAGUGGGGGCGGCGGUGGUGGAGGCAGCAGCAGCACAGGAAAACUUCGUCGCUCUGCCAGCGCUGCCAACGCUUCAAAGAUACAACAGCGCGGCCGGCCCAGCAUCGAAAUCUACAGGCCGCCCGGCGUUCGGCUAGACGCGUCGAAUAUCAGCAAGAUUCUUCCGCAGGCAGCCGCGGCCACUUUAACCCAAUCGUACGUGGAUGCCGUUACUGCGUAUCUCGCUGACCAAGUUGCUGCUGUUUCAGCGAGCGGGGGGGCCGGGGGUGGUGGUGGUGGUGGAGGUGAUCAAGGCAGCCAUAUUCAUCAUGGGGUGGCCACGACGGGUGGCCACUACCCCUCCCCCCACGGAGCGUCGGUCGCCGUUGGAGCGGUAACGGUUGGCGCGCCCACUGUAACUGCCCAUAACUCGCACGGUUCACACAACUCGCACAACGGCCAUAGCGGGUCGACCGGUAAGACGGUGCACUUCUCCCCUUCAAAGAGCGGCGGGAGCGCUAACUCUCUAAAGAGGUCGAAGAGCUUUGCAGCUCAGAGCAGCCAGAAUGGCAGCAGUAGCAGCAGCGGUAGCCACGGCGGAGGCCACUACGGCGGCGGCGGUGGCAGUUGCGGAGGGAGCGGCGGGGGCAACAGCCAUUCGAACCAUCAUGGCGGCUCACAGGGAUCUGCCGCUCAACAGCUACAACAGCAACAGACGCAACUGCAGCAACAGCUUAGCCAGGCCAUCCAGGCACAGGACGAAAACGGACACUCAAGCGCCGCGCUCAACGACCCUCUUGUCAAGAAAGCGCUCAACGACCCAAACCUUCUAAACAUCAUGCAAAUCAUGGAGGUUGUACGGACGAUCUGCAGUAAGGCGACUGAGGGAAUCCAGCACGCGGGGCCCUCCGCUCAGCUUUGCCUUUCUAUAAUCGAGAAAGAGAAGGGUGACACGUUCUUAGAGAGCUUGUUGAACAGCUGCCGUGAAUGGUAUACCGAGAGGGACAAGCUCCUGAGGUCUCCACAGGAAGGCUCCGCCGUGUCAAAGCGAUGGACAGCUUACGUGACGUUCGUCGCCGAACUUUACUAUCGCCUCAGGCCGCAACGACUCAUCACCCCAAGGGCGGUGACGCUGUGCACGCUCCUGUACGACUGCCUUGAACUGCUGUUGAAACCGGCCUCCCUCAAGAAUCCCACCGAGCUCGAAUGUCUUCGCACCGUAUUAUCUGUUGUCGGAAAACAAAUCGACACUGACGCUCCGCUUAGGAUGAACAAUCUGGUCGUGCAGAUGCGUGAGUCGUUCCUUGGCCCGAUUUCAGCUAAUAACCAGCAGAUGCGCAAAAGCAUCCUAGAGAUGAUCGAGCUUCGGGCUUCCUCCUGGACCUUCGAUCUCCAACAAUCGAUUCAAUUAACCCGCCUACCACCGCGCGUGUAAUUCGCCUGAAUUUUUCGAAUCGUGGCUGGCCGACGGCUCAGAUCCCUGUUGAUCAAUGGCCGAAUUAACGACACGGUUGUAGAGCAUCGAGUGACCCUAAAAAAAUCGAUAUGGAUGUAAAGUGUUUCAACGUAGGAGAAAUUACGUAAAUCGAAAAUCCUGGACGAGUCUGUGCGUUUGGCAUUAACAUAAUGAGCCCGUUGCGAUAAGCUUUCAUACAUUUGUAAGGUCUCCAGCUAGCGUCAAAUAUAAUCGUUUGUCUCGACGGACCAAACAGUUCUAUUUAGUUCAAUCAGCCUGACAGAUGUCUAGGGACGGACUAGAUUGGACGUAUCCGAGGGGGGGGGCGCAUCGUAGAACCGGCACGCUCAACUUCAUCAUACAAUGCAAUAAGCAAUAAUACAAUGAUUCAUACAGACAGAUAAGAGGCAAGCAGGAAGACAUUAUCACAAUGAAUGAAUCACCCAACGACAAUUGCUAGGAGGAGUAUCGUUUACCCACAUGUUCACGUAGUAUGUAUUACCCAUACGACAUGCACCUAUAAAUACACAAUACAAAUAGGUAUAUAAUGCAUAAUCAUUAUUAUCAUUUCUGAUCUAAACGCCGCUUGCUAGUAGCGUAGCUCUGAAACAGCGUGAAAUGGCAUAUGAAAGACAUGGCGGAAAACUGAUGCGAUUGCAGAAAGCCACUGUCCCCUAGAGGAAACUGUACAGGGAUAUACAUGCAAGUGUCAGACGAAGCGUAAAUAUUUUUCGAAAUACAUAAACAUGUACAUUAGAGAUACUAAAAAAAAAAAAAAAAAAAAAGCAAAAAAUCAACAGAAAAGGAGGGCUUAAUCUAAUUCUCGAUUGCUUCUGAGAUAAACACCUGCAGUCAAUGUUGUCAUAAGGAGGAAGGAGGUUAACGUGGGCGGAUGGAAACAACGAAAGAAAAACGCGUGCGGAACGUAGAUAAACCGAAUGAGUUGAGCUGUGAAUAGAGAAAAGCACGAAUGCGCUAUUUCGUAUACCCACUAGGACCAUUCACUUUAGUAGUAACGCCGAUAGACAAACGUCUAUUGUUCCAUGUUCCGAUGACAAAUCCUAAAUGCUAUGAAAACAUAUUAUAAUUAUUAUCUAUACGAAUAAUAGCAAAGUAAUUAUUUCUAAUAAGCGGCGUCAAAUCGUUUCAAAUACUGAUUAUUUAAAGUCCAUACGACAAUGGCAAACACCUGAACAUAACAUUUAAUCAUGACAAAUAACAGUAGGUAUCACAUACGACAGUUUACACUUGAAUUUUCCGGACCCGUGUGUGCUGGACCGCACCAUUAGUUAAAAGAAUCAAAAAAAUAACAACUCAUCAAAUCCAGUGCUCAAAACUGACUGAAGCUAAAAGCAACAGUACGAUCCCGGGUCUCUGGACGGAACACGAUUAGUGGCCUUUGAGCCUGCACGAUGAUCAGGUAAACAAAUAUACAGCAAAUUUGUAUAAUCAAAAAAUAAACGAAAAAUAACCCAAGUGUGUGGAAAAUAAGUAAGCUGCGAAAGAUUUUUUCUUACUUUUCAAUUGUACAAACAGAGACUUCAGAGAUCCUGCGUAUGAUGCGAAGCGUAAACAUACAUGCAUACAGACACACGCACGCACGCACGGACAGUCGAAAGUAAUGGUUUAAAGUGGAGUUUAGCGACGUGGACGAUGAUCGAGACUGACGACAGCUCUCAUCACAAUCAAAAGCUCCCAUAGUUGAGCCGGUUUGCCUAAAGUCAGAGUAGAGGCUCGGUGAUCUAGAGUAGUGUCAGCCUGAACGAACCAGCGGAACGCCUGCUAUAGUCUGAAGAGUAAUAAGUGGUCUGAACUGAAAUAUAUAAUGCCCAUGUCGAUUACUAGCUCGAAAGACAUUAUUAAAAAUUACCUAUUAUUGACAUAAACCAGAACAAUCAAUCGCCUACUCGGGUUGUCUAGUUGGCACAUAGACGGCGGUGUAUUCAUCGCAAAUUGAUGAAAAUCGAUAAUAAUAAUAGUAACGAAAGCGAUAAACAAAAACAAAAUAACACCAGUUUGGCUAGGUACAAAUUCAAGUAUAUUGCUAACGUGUUGAUCUGUUUAAGACAAAUGCUAUACGUAUCGGCCGUCAGCAUUAGUCAUCCGUUCGCCUUACUUUUCUAAUUGCGUGCGUUAGUUCUUCUCCAAUGUUUCCUAUACGAAAAAAAUCAGCGUAGGCAUUUUGUUUUUCUGAUCUUGGCCCAGUGGCUUUUUGGAGGCAAUUUUUACAAAGCUAUUUGCCUGAAAGUUGGACGUUGGACGAAUGGUUUCGUUAGGUGCUAGUUACGAAAACCAAUCGACUAUCACAGACCGGUAUUUAAAGCUCAGCUUCACUCUGUCUGGUAUAAUUCAGGACGCUCCUUUCUGGUAUUGGUUUUUUUUUCUAUGCAAUAGCAUGGCCUGCGAUGACGCUACACUUUCUGGGUGCAUACGAUCUAUGGAAGUGUGUACCAACCUAAUGUGGCCUUGAUUUAGAAAUUAAGUAGAAUAUUUGUCUAAUUUCAAUACUCAUCGUUUCGAUAGAUGAACUACCAGAAGUUCGUGCGAUUCAUUCGAUAUCGCUAACAAGGUCAGCUCCGCUCGCGGGGCGACGCUGGUGAUACCGUCGGCCACGGGCCAUAUGCCAGCAAUUUACGCUCUAUAUAGUAUAUUAACGAUUCUCAUCUAGCAACUUUAUUGUUAGAUUGCUAAUCACCAUUUUCAUAAUAGUUAUCUAUGACAUCGUUUAUUUAUUAAUCUUGAGAAGAUAACCUAUCUACUAUGACGACGUACCACAGAAGACCAAAAGCAAGAUCACUGGCAAGGACGGAGAAAGCGGCGAAGGCCGAUGCAAUAAAGUUCUGCUGUAAAAGGUGCACAGAGUCCACGAUUAUUGCCAAGGUAUAAGAGACGACUCACUGACUAAAGUUAUCGGUAAAAAUCAACGCUAUAACAACAUGAAUAGGAAGCAAUGGCAUUGAGACACAGAUAUUUAGGGGUGACAAAAUGAACACGAGGGAAACCAUAGAGAGAUAACGAUAACUAAUGAUGAUGAUGACAAUGCUAACAACAAAUGGUAACGUAGGUGAUGCUUUGCUUGAGAAGUUUUUAAUGUAUAUAUUAUAUCUGCGAAGAAGUUGGGGCGCCACUGAAAAGUAGUUCCCCCACGAAAAAGGGUUCUUUGAGCGCACUAUGAGAGGCUUGCAUAACGUCAUUACUGAAGGCAAUAUAGUAAUUAGGAUACCGAUGGUAAUGCCGCUCGAUAAAAGGAGAAACCGUUUGCGCGCAUACCGAACGUUAAUACGAAUAUUAGUAAUUACAAUACGAAGGAUAAUGAUAUAGAUAAUCAUGAAAAUAAUAACAUUGACAAUGAGACGGACACACAGGCUAUGAAUAAUAACAAUAAUAGACUAAGUAUAUAAUAAUAAUAAUAAUAACAACAAUGGAACGCCGAGGUAGAAAUACCCAUCGUCUGACUGUAGCCGAAUUUUGCAAUACAAACUGAAACGAAGAUGGAAGAGUCGCUGCCAUGUCAUCGUUUUAUUUGAAAUUGACGGAUGAAAAUGGGCACAUCAUACGCUCAGCGUUUUCAUACAAUAUUGUUUGGCCCAACGACCCCGAUGAUGAUAUGGUCAGCUAGAACGAACGACCAACCACUAGGUGGCGGUAGUGUUUCGAAAAUACAUAGAGAUAGAUGAGCUAGUCUUUUAUCAGUGCCAACAAUAGUUAUGUCGUCAACACAAUAAAACAGUAUAUAGAAAAAAAAAAAACACAUCUAGAUAAACGACAGCUAAUUGUGUCUCGCUA